AUGGCACACAUUGAAGGUGUACCAUUAGAUCCCACAAGAAAAAAGCUCAAGACAUCUGAUUUACCUAUCUCUUCUGCAACGCGUGCUGCGAUCGAAGGGCUUGCGCAUACGUUCAAAAAGAAAGGUGGUUAUGAUUCACUACGCAAACAGAUAUGGAAUGACUUGACAAAAACUACCUUCGAGGCUGAAUUCUCAAGCUCGCUACUAAAAGCUGCAGAGAUAGAACUCGAGAAAAAUGAUUACGACUUGCUCAGAAAAAAUCGCGCAACCGCUGAAGCUCUUAUCCAUGGAGCCGUCGAGCGGGCAGGAGCUUAUCGUGAUGCAGAAAAUCAGAUCGAUGCUUUGAUCGAUGCUCAUAUAUUCGAAAUUGAAAGUGGGAUAAGGGAUAUCAGGAAAAACAACGUUGGGGAAGAGGUUGCCGCCAUGGAGCAAGCCAGAGGUGGAAAGACUGACGAGCAAUACGCCGAAGAGGCAAAAUUAAGGAGGCAGGCCAGAGAGAAAUCUAGGCGCGAAGCACGAGAGAAGGAAAGAAUAAUGUUGGAAGAAAGAUUGAAAGAAGAAAGGGCUAUCAAGAAGGCAGAAGAGAAAAAAAAUGAGGCUGAGAUAGAAAAAAGAAGAGCAGAAAGAGAAGCCAGACGCCAAGCAGAGAGGGAGAGAGAAGAAAAAAAAGAGCGAGACAUGAGGGAACGAAAUCGCAGGGAUAGAAAUAAAGAAGAGCGACAUCGUAGAUAUGACGAUGAAUCACGCCAUAAUGUCAUGAAAGUAUCUGCACAAGAUCCUAGGACCCUUCGGAAACAAGAUUCGUUCAAAGACCCUGACGGCACAGCUGGGACUGGCACUUUGAAAGAUCCUGAGUCGCUCACCAAAUUUAAUGCCACAAAGGAAUCUGAUAAUAUAAUGGAGCCAGGCACCGUUAAACAAGAACUUUCGAAAGAAGAGAUUGAACGACUGGAGCAAGAAGCCUUAAAUCACCUUUUGAAACCAUUAUGUCCAGCCAAGAAUUAUCAUCAACACCAAUUUAACAAUGGCCUCGCACCACCACCACGUAAAAUCAUGCCAAGCUCCGCAAUCCAGCCAAUCUCUAAAGGCUUUCAGCCCAAGUCGGACAAUAAAACUCCUAUUACAACUCAGACCGCCUUAAAUCCAGAAAAUGGAUUAAAAAUUCCCUGUUUUAACACUGAAAAUAUUAUCACUAAGAAGUUUGCCAUUGAAAAACCUGUCAUUGAUAAAAUUAUUGCUGAAAGCUCUCUACCAGAGAAAAUUGUUGAAAGUAACUCAAUCAACCAACAGAACCAAAAACGCAGCCGAAGUCAAAACCUAGGUCGUGAUCGUGAUCGGAGCCGUAGUAGAAAUCGAAACUCCAGCUGUGGCUGGAGUAGUGAUCAGAGUAGUGAUUGGAGUUGCAGUAAUAAGCGAGAUCAAAAUUAUCAUCGAAAACGAGAUCUUAGCCAUAAUCGAAGAGGCUUCCGGAGUAAUAAUCAUAACCAUGGCCGAAACUCGGCCAGGAAAUUAAGUAGAAGUCGAAGUCCCCGCAGAGAAAGUCGGGGACACGAAAAUGUGCGGUCCAAUUGGGAUAACAGAGAUCGAACUCGAGUUGACAAGUACUACAAUGAAUCUAAAGACCAAAAAAGUACCCAUGCAGAUAACUUUCGCAAAGAAUCGAAAGAUUAUGAUAAGAUGUAUCAAUAUCAGAGUAAAUAUAAAAGAAGAUCCGACUCUAUUGAGAGGAAAUAUACUAGCAACGAUACUGAUAGGCGAAAGACAUCCAAGUCUAACCUAUCAGUCAUUCGGGAUCAUUCACCUUCUUAUCCUAAGGAAAGGACUAAAGUAAAAGAUUCAUCUUCUAAAAACCAUAGUUCCCUUAUUCAAAGAACCAGGCAUGCAAGAUCCCGGAGUCUUUCACGCGAUAGCGAUGUUAGAAAAGAAAAUCGUAUUGCAAGAUCUACCAGCCCGUUAAAUAUUGACCGCUAUGUACCAGGUACUCAUAACAAGAGGCGUCGAAACUCUAACUCAGAAAGAAGUGAAUCCCGGAAAAAGGGUAGAAGUCGAAGUCCAGAUAGAGAUCGAGGUCGAGAAAAGGAUUCUCGGCACUCCCGAAACGAUUAUCGAUCUCGUAAAUCUCGUAGUCCAAGCAGGAGUCGAAGACGAUACCAUAACAAGAACCGUGAUCAGACAACUUCUCGGAGUCGCAGUAGGAGUCCUGACGUACGACAGGAGCGUAAGUCUAGAACAAAUCGAAGCCGAAGCCGUGAUAGAGACCGAAAUCAUGACCGCGAAAAAAGACGCGAGAGAAGUAGAAGUAGAGACAGGGAUCGUAACAAAGAUCGGACUCGAAGACGAAGCAAGAGUAGGGGUAGCAGAUGA